CACCUUUGUCCCGACGCACCAGUGCUCGGUGGCUCCUGUGUUGCGCACGACGUAGUUAAGGCCGCGCGGUUAUGAGGCGCCAGGAUCAGCGGUGUCAGACAAGCGGCGGCGGAGAACGUUCAGCUUAGGCCGAACAUCGUCGCGCGGAGGGCCUACAGUUGCGAGCAAUGGUGCCCGGCUUGUCGCGUGGAAGCCAUAGGUGCGUCACGUACGCGGAGAUAGUCCGAGGCGCCUGCGGUUAAAUCAGGCGUCUGGAGGAGACGCUCGAAGCUAGCGACAACGUUCCGGACACGGCCGAGUGCCGUCAGCGUCCCGCCAAAGUGGGCCGGACCGGAGAGCACGCCAAGCUUGCUCUACCGUCCGACAACCACGUGACCAGCUUUCCGUCAACUUGUCCGUGUGCUCCCUUCUUGGGCUACGACAGAUAGCUCCUUCGUAUCCCGACGCACCAGUGCUCGGUGGCUCUUGUGUUGCGCACCCGAGAAUUACGGCGUAGUUAAGGCCACGUGGCUAUGGGGCGCCAGGACCAGCGGUGUCGGACAAGCGGUGGCCGAGAACGUUCAGCCACGGCCGAACGUCGUCGCGCCGAGGGCCUUCAGAUGCGGUCGAUGUACCACAGGUUGCGAGCAAUGGUGCCAGGCUUGUCACCUGGAAGCCAUAGGUGCGUCACGUUCGCGGAGAUAGUCCGAGGCGCCUGCGGCUACAUCAGGCAUCUGGAGGAGACGCUCGAAGGUAGCGACAACGUUUCGGACACGGACAACCACGUGACCAGCUGUCCGCCAACUUCUCCGGAGGAACAACAAAGGAUUCAAUACACUUCCCUGUGGUACACCAGAUGUGACUGGAGGACAGGCCGAGUGAUGCCGAGUAGUUCUGCCCACCGGGCAGUCUUCAGACCAUCAUGUGCCUGUACGCAACCAAGUGCCGGUCCCGUCCCCCCACCAUCAUCAGGCAGUACGCAACCAGAUGCCCGUCCAGUCCUCCGACGUGCAUCCGACUGCAUACAGCCAGAUGCCCGUCCAGUCCUCCGACGUGCAUCCGACUGCAUACAGCCAGAUGCCCGCCAUGUCGGUAACCAGUGCCGACGACGCCAUUCCGACCUUCCCGGGAUUUACCUACGAGCAACAUCCUGUUGGAGGCGUCGUUUUGGAAUCCUGGACCCUGCCGCCGUACAACUGGAGUGACAGUUGUUGUUCUAGAUAUACACCAGGCCGCGCGGCACCCGAUGGCACUAAGUGAAGCGUCAUCGGUCCAAAAGCGUAGCAGUUUGGGCAAGCUGGAAUGUCGUGACUUUUAGGCUUGCAGCGCACCUCAGAACGAGCGAAAAAAGGAAGGCGCUCUCACCCUGUUCUCCGGUCCUUUCCAUUUCCCCUUCCGCCUUCCUUCUUGCUCGUUCUGAGCUGCGCUACAAGCCUAGACGUCAUCAUUUCAAUGUGUGAAACAUUCAUAUAAAUUUCAUUUCAUUGUCUUUUCAUUUCGUUCUAAGAAUUUCCUUUUACUCAAAUCAUUGUCAUUUCUUAUAUAAUGUUGAUUUCAUUGUCAUUCCGCAGCGUAUGAACGCUCAUUGUUGGGACAUUCAUAAAACCUCUGUAUAAAGCAUUUCCUUUCUUUCAAGAUCUGUCAUUCUAGGAUUCUAGUCAAUUAUACUGCGAUAUUGCCACGCGCGAAAAAUGUGACAGACCCUGGGUCAUGCUGCUGCUACAGCUUCUUGCCCUGUGUCCCUUCAUUUCACUUUAUUCUGGAAAAUAAAAUGUCAUUACCGGCUUUUUCA